AGAAUAGGUUAUUUUGCUAAUAGUAGCGAGCCUAAUCUGCGUAAACUGGCAGCGGGGAGUGAACGAGUGAAAACCAUUUAUUUGCUUUUUUGAAGGAAAUCUUUCCAAUCGUGAAAAAUUUCUCAGUUGAGGCAGCCAAAUUUUUGCUAAAAAUAACAUUUUGUUUUGUUCACGAAGGGCAACAUUCAUUCAGUGAAAUAUUCUUGCGUACUUUCGCUGAGUAUUUUGGGAGACACAACAAUUGACAACAGAGGCUGUUUUCGAGUAAACAGAAAAUUUAGUCCGUUUUAUUGCAACUGAGUUUAUCUACGAAGUGAAGUGAACAAGUGAUUUCAUCUGAAUUUCAGACUAGUGUCUUGUGCAAAUCUAGAAAUAUAAAUAAAACUGUUUAAACAUCUGUACAGUGGCUUAGUGAAAGCAAAGUGCUAGAGUUAAAACACGUGUAUUUUCUCCCAGAGUCAAAAAUGGAUUGCAUUUUUCCAGCCCCAAAUUCUGCAUCAAUUGAUGAAAUGAGGGAGGUUGCAGCGAGAAUAUGCCGUGACUACUUACAUGGUGCUUGGAAGACGGUGAAUGCUGAAGAUAUAAAAUUUCGAAGAAUCAGUGGGGGUUUAUCCAAUUUCUUGUACUACGUUAGCUUACCAGAUGGCUUUGAUAAUAACAACUCUGCCUCCACAAUUUCUCAACAAUCGAUAAAGCGGCUUCGAAGGGAUAGUUCACAACAGGAAGGCGAACCAAAAGAGGUACUUUUGAGAAUUUAUGGGCAAUCACAUGGCGAUUCGGCAAUGCUUACCGAAUUAGUUGUUUUCACAUUGCUCAGUGAACGUAAUCUGGGUCCAAAAUUACAUGGGAUCUUUCCCGGCGGCCGCAUUGAACAGUACAUACCGGCAAGACCACUUAAAACGGGUGAACUAGCGAAACCAGGCAUUUCAAUGAAAAUUGCAGCCAAAAUGGCAAAGAUUCAUUCAUUGAACCUACCAAUUUCCAAGGAGCCCGAGUGGAUGUGGAAAUCAAUGGGCCGAUGGCUGAAGAAUAUCAAAACCGUUUUCGAAACAACAAAACAUGAUUGCUCACCUCAUAACCGUGAUAUCAUCCAAGAAAUCCGUAAGACUGAUCUGUCGAAGGAAGUCGAAUGGCUUAAGUCUGUGAUUGAAAGUUCCAAUUAUCCUGUGCUAUUCUGUCAUAACGACCUUCAGGAGGGUAAUAUCUUAGUCAAAGGACUUCCAGAGUCAGAUGAAAGGCUAAUGCCAAGAGAUACUCUCAGUAGUGAACAUGGUGCUAUGGCAAAUGGUCACACACGACCAAGGAGAAACGACAUUGAGGCUUAUGAUAAUGGUAGUAAGGAUAUACUGAAUGGAAAUAUCAGCGAAAACCUAAUAAUCAAUGGUGCUAGUGAAGUCGUAUCGGCUGAUGCAUCUAUGAUCAACGGCAUCCAGCUUGAUGAUGAUGAAGAGGACUGUGAUCUAGAAUUGAUAAUUAUCGACUACGAAUAUUGUGCCUAUAAUUAUCGAGGAUUUGAUAUUGCGAAUCAUUUUGUUGAAUGGACAAUAGAUUACACAAGCAAGGAGUUCCCCUAUUUUUACCAUAGCGUAAAUAAAUACCCAACAAUAAAACAGCGUGAAGAUUUCAUAGUACAAUACUUGAGAACUAUCAAGGACUCAGAUACCUACGUUCCUAGCCAAGAGGAACUAGAUGAAAUAAAUGAAGAAAUUAGUUGCUUCACAAUGGCGUCACAUCUGUUUUGGGCACUGUGGGCGAUCGUAAACGUUCAUCAAGUAAUUGAAUUCGGCUAUUGGGAUUACGCAUUAUCACGACUGAGAGAAUAUUUGGUAAAAAAGAAGGAAUUCAUCAGCUUGUAUAGGGCUCACAAACCACUGGAUCCUAAAUAAGCGACAAAAUAAUGAUUAAGGAAGGAAUAUUCUACACAAAUGUUACCACAUCAGUAGAUUCCCUUCCGAUUCAUGAUUUCGGUAACGAAGCAUGAAUCAUCCAACAUCACAUACAGCAUACGAGAGAAACGUGAUACGAAAAAUCAUAAAAUACUACAUUACAUUUCCGGAAAGCAAGAUUGAACGGAAGUAGACUCGAUAGCGGAAAGGAGUGAUUGAAUACAAUGUGGAAAAGUGAAUGGAAGAUGAAUUAAUUAUCUUUAACAUAAACGGCGCUUAUAAUAUGAUUCGAAUUCGGUUUUCAAAAUACGAUGUCGAAAUGUCGCUUUUUAAAAGCAUUGCUGGACAUCUAUUUUGUACAAUAUUAAUUAGUUAAAAUUAUUUAUAUUGAAAAAUUUUGAAAAGUACGGAAAUAUAAUGGAAAUCCAAAAAUAAAAAUAUUUAAUUUCUUGUAAACAAACAUAUGUACUUAAGCUAAAAAUCGAAUAAUCAUUAGAAACACAAUAUCCUGUAAAUAUCAUAUUCACCGUUCUCGCCCGUUCAACAAAAUUACAUCUGAAAUCGUUACAACUUCCAUUACAACUAAGGAAAUAUACAAAGUAAGAGAAAUUAUAGCGAUUCAAGUUAAGAUACAUAACAGACAGAAAUAUAACAGCUGUCGUGGUUAUCAUGAUUAUUAUAUUAUUCAUGUGGAUCUCGCUUAUAAUCAGUCAUUUUUCAAAAAAUUAUCACAGCGUCUAAGAUCUCAUUUGAAAUGAAAACAUCACCCAUUAAAUGAAUUUACAUAAACAAAGGUUAACAUUGGAAAUGUGAACUUAACUACGAUAUAUUAUGAGAGGCAACGAGCCAGUGUAUUAAGCAUUAUCUUAAAAUGUUUUAGAAUUGAAUAAAUUAAAACAUUCGCACUGAUUCCUUUCAAAUAUGGUUGCGUUCUUUGCAACGAUUAAAAACAUUCUCAGCACACAGAAAAAAGUCAAACCAAGCUUUAAUAGGCACAGAAAAAAUAGACAGAAUUGUGCAACUAAAACUUACUAAACAUUCGCGGUGUUCCGAUUGGUGCUCAGUGAAUACUUGGUUGCAGUUAAUUCCAAAUUAAAUAUCAUUUUCGCGAAAAACUAUCUAAGCCAGGUCAUAAUUUUAAUUUCUCAUUUAACAGUUGCUUUUACAAUUUUUAUAAACUUGAAAAGAUACCUUGAAGGCAAGUAACUAUGUAUAUCCGAUAAAGUCUCGGCCAAGGAGACAAGAAAGUUAAUAACGCGGUGAAACACCUAACGCAUAAUAUUCUACAUAUUGUAUUAAACUUUAAGUUGAAAUAUUUAAAAUUAAGUUUAAUUAAUAUGACAGAAAAUGUAUGAAGAUUCUUUUCAUUUAGAAAAGAGACUUAUUGAUUUCGUUUUUUAUAUUAUUUAAGAUCUGAAUAAAUGUUAUCUUCUACAA